ACGACCCGCGAGCGCACCUGCUCAACCCACCCACACAUGCUCGUGUGCCCGCCCAGAUAUCCAUCCGCAUAUGUGUAAUCUCUUUUUUUUUUAACAACUAUUUUGCCCGUGCUUCUGUGUCUGUGCCUGUGUGUUUGUAGAUAAGGAUUUACGGAUGAAUGAACAAAACACUUACCAGUCGAUAAGCGCCCUUCAGCCGCAGCCUCAGCCUCAGCUUCAGCUUCAGCCCGCACUGUAGACUGAUAAAAAGGACAGAAAAGAGAAGGAAGGGAGCAGCAAAGAUCAAAGUAAACCGAUCCCAGGGCCCCGCCGAAUGCAUUUGCAUCUAUUGGCCAGCGACCCGACAGCGCAACAGUCCAGCAGCAGCAGCAGAUCCAGAGGAAGACCCAGUGGCCGCCGCCCCCAUACGGGUGCCUCCUCAGCAGCAGCAGCAGCAGCAGCAGAGCCGCCAGAGUCCACCAACCCCGAUCCCGCCGCCAGCGACGCGGGCCCUGCCACUGUGGCGCCCGUCAGCAUCGCCGGUCCCGGCCGCCUGGCGCGCAGCAUCAACGGCAGCAGCGUCGGCAGCCACCACCCACACUCGUAUUACCCCCCCUAUCCACACCACUACACCCACAAUCCGCAUUCGCAUUCGCACCUGCAGCACCUACAGCAUCCACACCAUCCGCACCCCGCGCACCCGUCUCACCACAGUAUGGUGACAUCCUCCACCUCGCCCACCGGAAACGGCUGGACCACGCCGGGCGACUACAAAGGGGCCACGGCCGCCACGGCCCCGGCCGCCCCGUCGGUAGCCACUGCCGCCACAGCAUCUACCGCCGCUGCCGCUGCCGCCGCCGCUGCCGCAUCGGUCAUGUGCGAGGUCCUCGUCCAGCCCUCGAGCAGUGCCAGUGUGGGCAGCAGCUCGCCAACAGGUGGCGCCAGCAACGGCACGGCCCACAGUGGACACAGUGGUGGUGGCAACAGCAGCAGCACCACAACCACCACCACAGCCACCACCACCAACAACAACAAAAACAACAGCAGCAACAACAACAACAAUGCAGUGCAUCAGGACCUGCUGUGGAUGGAGAGACUGGUGCUGAAGCGGCAGCAGGAGCAUCCCGGGGAGCUAGUGCGCACGAGCAAUCCUUACUUCCUGUGUUCCGCCCUGCCCUCCCAUUGGCGCUCCAAUAAGACGCUGCCGCUGGCCUUCAAGGUCGUUGCUCUGGCGGAGGUCGGCGACGGAACCUACGUGACCAUUCGCGCCGGCAACGACGAGAACUGCUGCGCCGAGCUGCGGAACUGUACCGCCCAGAUGAAGAACGACGUGGCCAAGUUCAACGAUCUCCGCUUCGUGGGACGCAGCGGACGAGGGAAGAGCUUUACGCUGACAAUCACGGUUGCAACGAGCCCGCCACAGGUGGCAACCUACGCCAAAGCCAUCAAAGUCACCGUCGACGGACCCCGGGAGCCGCGCUCCAAGACAAGUCCUACCGGCGGUCCACACUACCGCGCCCUCGGCCUGGGCCAGCGGCCCUACAUUGACGGCUUCCCAAAGACGCUGCACGAGCUGGAGACGCUCCGGCGCUCGGCCAAAGUGGCGGCCAACGCGGCCACUGUGGCCUCGGCAGCCACAGCGGUGGCAGCGGCUGCAGCAUCGAGCUCCACCCCCACAGGCGGUGCCAUCGGAGGAGUGGGAGUGGCUGCCGGCAGCAGUGGCAGUGGCGCGGGUCUGGUGCAGCAACUGAGCAGCAAUUACUCAUCUCCGAAUAGUACAAUCAACUCGGAUUGCCAGGUCUACAAGCCGAAUGCGCCCCACGUCCAAGAAACCGAUCUAAUGGGCGCCGGGGAAUGGACGGGAUCCUCGAGCUCCGCAGCCGCCUACUACCACAGCCAUGCCCACCACCCACACGCGCACCACCCGCACGCCCACCACGCCCAUGCCCAUGCCCACGCCCACGCGCAUCACCUGCAGCACCAGAUCGCCCUGCCACCGCCUCCACCGCCGCCGGCAGCGGCUCCAGUGACCAACGGCACGGGCGGCAUGGGCGUGGGCAUGGGAGUCGGAAUGGGCAUGGGUGUGGGUGUGGGGGUGGGGAUGAGCAUGAACCACUACGGAAGCGGCUACGAGACGACCAGCUCCCUGGACGCCGGUAACUACGCCCACCUGCCCGCCGUCCUGCCCGAAAUGCACGGCCACGGCUUCGCGACGGAUCCCUACCAGACCGCUGGCGGGUACGGAGCGGGCGCUGGGGCAGCCAAGUCCGACCUGGAAAACCUUGGCGGGGGCUAUGGGGCGGGGGGCUACAACAAUGCGGCCGCCUGGUCGAACGGCUACAACAACUAUCAGUACGGCAGCUGCUCAGCCUCGGCGCAGUACGGCGGCACGGGGGGUCAUGCUGCUGCCCCGCCGCCGCCACCACCCCCGCCCGUGGUGCUCUACCCGCAACUGUACUCGACCGUCAACCAGAACCAGAUCCACCUGCACCUGCACAGCAGCGAGAAGCUGGAGCAGUACCUGGGCAGUGCCAGCGACCAGCAGCUGACCAUCAGCUCCCUGACCGGCAGCCGCUCCAGCAUCGAGAUCGGGCUGGGUGGAGCCGGUGGCGGCCUUGUGGGUCUCACCGGCGAGCAGGAACAGCACCAGCAGCUCCAGCAGACGCAGGAGCAGUCUUCGGAGGCCUCCAACCAAAGCUACCAUCUCAGCCAUCACAAUCAGCAUCCCCACCAGCAGCAGGCGGAGCAGGUGCACGUGCAGCAACAGCAACAGCAGCAG